AUGCACUUCAACAUCCUCCUCGCCUUGGCAGCUCUGAGCAGCAACGCCGCAGCUCAAUCCCCCCUCAGCGCCAUCAACAUCAAUGGCCUUGGCGAACUUGGCCCAUCGAGCCAAACUCCAGGCCCAUCCAGCACAGCCAUCCCGACUCUGAAGAAGCAAGCUACACCAAUCGCACCUUCUCAGACACCAAGCUUGUCUACCCCGGUGCCAAGCGAUAGUGCUAGCUCUGGCGGAUUGAAGGACGGUGGCAUUUUGGGUGGUGUUCUUGGUGGUUCUCCUUUCUAA